AUGCCACUCUUGGCUACAACUACGUUUGCCGCCGCGGCGCGGUCGAUACCUAUCACAGAGGCCGUGUCUGGCAUUUUUGGCAGCAUCAGCUUGACCUCUUGGAUAUGCCUUCUCCUCCCUCAGCUGUUCACCAACUACAAGGCGAAGAGCGCCGAUGGCCUCAGCAUGGCGUUUCUCGUCGUCUGGCUUCUGGGCGAUAUCACCAAUCUCGUCGGUGCCUUGUUCACCCGCCUAGCUCCCACGGCCGUUGCAUUGGCAGGCUACUUUUGCAUUGCCGACCUCGUCCUCAUCAGCCAGGUCAUCUACUACAACGCCCUCAACGCCCGUCGAGCUCGCCGCGCCGAGAACGAGGACCCCUCCGAAGAGUCGCCCCUCAUUGCCAGCCAGCGGCGGCGACGGAGCUCUUCCUUUGGCCUCCCGGGGUCCCAGCGCCGCCAUGCGACGCACACCGAGUCGUCAAUGGAGCCCCUGAGGAAGAUUGUCACGGGCGAGGAUGAGACUCCCGAUAGCAGCCCCUGGAUUCACAACGCUCUAAGUCUGCUGGCUGUGUAUGCCAUUGGAUUUGCCGGCUGGUUUGUCUCGUACAAGGUCGGUGCUUGGGACGGUGCCGACCCCGGCACUCCCGACUCGCCUGACCACGCCAAGACUGGUAUCGAGAUUGCUGGACUCACGCUUGGAUAUUUCAGUGCCGCUCUCUAUCUCUGUGCUCGAAUUCCCCAGAUUAUCAAGAAUUAUCGGGAAAAGUCGUGCGAAGGCCUUGCCCUUCUCUUUUUCAUGCUCUCCCUGAGCGGAAACCUCACCUACGGCAUCAGCCUCGUCGCCUACUCUCAGGACAAGGGCUACCUCCUCAACGCGCUCCCCUGGUUGCUCGGCUCCCUGGGCACAAUUGCCGAAGACCUCGUCAUCUUUAUCCAGUUCCGAAUCUACUCCAACGGCGACCGAAGUAGCGCCAUUGCGGCCUAA